GGGUUCACUUUCAAACGAGUGAUAGGUGAAGAAUAUAAUUCCAUUUGAUUUCCAUGUCAGGUUUGAGUUUUUUGGCGAAAUGAACCCAUCGUAAAGACAUUUGAAUCGGCUUUCAGUAACGGCAAAAUGUAAAGUACGUCAUUAAUAUGGCGCCAAAAGAGUUUAAAGUAGGAGCUUAUUUUUGUUGUGAGGUUGCAGAACCCUCGCACAAGAGGGAGAACAUGAGCGGGCAAGAGGGGAAGCGAAUGGGCAGGCGACUGGGUUUUUCCGGCAGAACGUCUCGAAACUAGCUUGCAACAUUUCAUUCCAUGAAAAUGAAGCACAUAUAUAUAUUUUUUCUUCUCCCCUACUGGAUCUGAAAACACACUCACGUGACAAAUCGGGACCUGGGGGAUAUAUCACAUUGGACUAUUUUCAAAUGCGACAUGGCUUUGAAAAUGAGAUUUGUUAGCUUACCUUGCUAUACCCGGCAUAGAUUUGGCUUACAUUAGAACUGACUUGCUGGCUGCAGCUCGAGGCUAUCUUGCAAGCCGUUAGACAAUUUGCAUUUACGUAUGAUACUCCUAAAGUCUGCUAAAGGUAGCUAACAGUUAGCUACAUUUAACUGUAUUUAGCUGAUAACUGCGAAGGCGGCCAUCGCAGUUGUGUGUAAUAAUGUUAUGCUGCCGGGUAGACUUUAUAAUGGAUUAAAUUAGUAAAUUUCUACUUUUUAUUUGGACUCUCUAGGGAGAGCAUCUGAUCGACGUGCUGUCACCACAGCCUCGCAGGCACGUCCUGUCACCAACGUGGAUAGUCGGUGGGCUAACGUUAACUAGCUAACUAGCUAGGGUAGUUGCACUGGAAUUUGACCACCGUGAAAUUCACUGUCACUACAUGUGGUUAACUUCAAAUGAUUUCGUGAUUUCUCAUCGUCCAGAGUCGAGGACGUUUUCGCCAUCGGAAGCUGACUGCAAUCAAGGUAAAAAGAUGGAGAGUGAGAAGAAGAGAAGAAAGUACUCCACCAGCAGCAAUGACUCGGACACCACUGACAGUCAAGUGACCUCCUGGUCCAGGUCCUCCAAGAACACUGGGACCAGCAGCACCUGGGUCAGACAGGAGCACAAGAAACCGUCUGAGGUGUUCCGGACGGACUUCAUCACGGCCAUGAAGCUGCCAGACUCAGCCCAGCUGGGCCCUGAUGACUUCUACGUGCUGUCUGACCCCUGGAGACAGGAGUGGGAGAAGGGGGUCCAGGUCCCCGCCAGCGUAGACGCCAUCCCAGAACCUGUCGUCAGGAUGCUACCGGAGGUGGGGCGUAUCCCGUUCUACUGGCCUGUGCAGGGCCAAGGCCGGGGGUGUGUGCUGGGCCUGGGGCUGAGCCAGAGGGACAUGAAGACCACUGAUGAGCCCCACAGUCGCUAUGACCUGGAUGACAUGGACGUGUCCUGGCUGGAGCUGGUCAACCAGGAGUUCAGGGAACUGGCGCUGCCGGAGCUGGACGAGCUGACCAUGGAGCGUGUUCUGGUGGAGCUGGAGAGCCAGUGUGAGGAGAACAUGCAGCAGGCCAUAGAGACGGAGGAGGGUCUGGGCAUCGAGUACGAUGAGGACGUGGUGUGCGACGUGUGCCGGUCCCCCGAAGGAGAAGACGGCAACGAGAUGGUCUUCUGUGACAAGUGCAACAUCUGCGUACAUCAGGCGUGUUAUGGGAUCCUGAAGGUCCCACAGGGGAACUGGCUGUGCCGAACCUGCGCCCUGGGGGUGCAACCCAAAUGUCUGCUGUGCCCCAAGAGAGGCGGAGCCCUGAAGCCCACCCGCAGUGGAACCAAGUGGGUCCACGUCAGCUGUGCCUUAUGGAUCCCCGAGGUGAGUAUAGGCUGCCCGGAGAAGAUGGAGCCCAUUACCAAGGUGUCCCACAUCCCCUCCAGCCGCUGGGCCCUGUUCUGCAGCCUGUGUCGAGAACACACAGGCACCUGCAUACAGUGCUCCAUGCCGUCCUGCAUUGUGGCCUUCCAUGUGACCUGCGCCUUUGACCAUGGCCUUGAGAUGCGCACCAUCCUGGCAGAGAAUGAUGAAGUGCGCUUCAAAUCCUACUGCCUGGAGCACAGUAGCACUACCGCCCCCGGCAACAGUAACAACGCCAUGACCGGCAACAGUAACCACACCAACAGCGCUGGUGCCAGCAGCAAACCAGACUGGGCUGGACACGGCAACGACCACAGAGCCUCUGUAACUGCGCCGGACCACCACCAAGCGACCAGCGAGCGGCCGCCGGCAGAGCGUCCAGACCGGGACCAGAUAGAGCGGGAGAAGGCUAGCCAGCGCAAACAGAAGCUACAGGAGCUGGAGGACGAGUUCUACCGCCUUGUGGACCCCAAAGACGUGGCGGAGAGCCUGGGCCUGCCGGACGCCCACGUGGAUUUUCUGUACCAGUUCUGGAAGCUGAGGAGGAAGUCCAACUUCAACCGUCCUCUGGUGACGUUGAAGAGAGACGAGGUCGAUAACCUGGCGCAGCAGGAGCAGGACGUGCUGUACCGACGCCUCAAACUGUUCACACACCUACGCCAGGACCUGGAGAGGGUGAGGAACCUGUGCUACAUGGUCACGCGGCGGGAGAAGAUGAAGAGUUCCCUGUGUGACCUCCAGGAGAAGAUUUUCCACCUGCAGAUCCAGCUGCUGGAGGAGGACCUAGCUGGAGAGAAAACCAUGAAGGGCCAUAAGGGGAGACAGAACGGGGUGAAGGAGAAGGGGAAGGAGCGGAGGAAAAGCAGUCCAGAGAAGAAGAAAGAGAGGUGGAAGCCUGACAACGGCUCCCUCCUCAAACAGCUAGGUUUCCCCAAGACCUUCCCUCUGGACAACUCGCUGUUUGACAGCUGGCUGGCCCAGUCGGUGCAGAUCACGGCUGACGACAUGCUGAGCCAGUGGGCCCUGGACGCCGGGCAGCACCGUGACAAGACGGCCAGCUUGCUGUCUGACCAGCUGCUGCAGGGAGAGGAGAGCCUGCUCAGCCUUAUGAUGGACCACUCCAUGAAGUCUACCUGGAAAACCCCUCAGCUGGGCCGCAAGACCCGGGGCAAGCCCAGAGCCCGGGCCCAACACUCCCCCGCCGCAGCAACCACCCCGCCUUCUGCCACCGCUGUCAGUCCCACUGCUGCUGCCACCGCCUCCUCCACAGCCACAGCCAAGGGGACUCUGCUGGCAGAUGACAGGCCAGGCCACGGGGCCCGUAGAGGGGAGAGGUCCCGGGGCUCCAAGGCCCUCCACCACCACCACCAUCACCCCCAGACCAGGAGCACUGAGGCACCACUGGACCCGCCGCCGCAGCCGCCCACCUCCAAAAUGGACUCCUGUCACAUCUCGGAGGAGCGCGGCCCCUGGGACAGCCUCACUGGUACAGGGGCAGCGUCCGCCCCCACGCCGCCCCCUCUGGCCUCCUGCUCCCCCCCACAGCCCUGCAUUAGUCCCGGGACAGUGCCUGAGGGGAGGUCAGGGGGGGGUCUCGGUCACCGCACGGCCCUGCGCCUCCGUCUGCCCCGGCAGGGUAAGUCCCGGGGGAAGGGCGGGGGUGGAGGGGGGAAGGAGGUGGCAGAGCGUCCCCUGGAUAGGGAGAGAGAGAGAGACCCCCACCCAGUGAAGGAGACGUUGUCGCUGCAGGACCCCGAGACGGAUGGCUACUUCUCUGACGCCGAGCAGAGCGACUCGGACACGCACUCCAGCGGCCGCAAGCUCCGCCUGGCCCAGUUGCAUUCUGGGAGCGAGGACCUGCUGAGGAGGAGCGUGCUAGCGUUGUAGAAAAAAAACUGAGACGCUCUCUCUCUCUCACACACACACACACACACACACACACACACACACACACACACACACACACAUCGUCCAGAAGACAGUGAUUUCUCAGACUGACCGGAGCGCCAUCCCAGCUCCCGCUACCAUGGCUACUGUCUGUCCGUCUGUCCGUCUGUGCUUUUGAUAUUAUACAUGCCGUUCUUUUCUCUCUAGAUCGCUUUAAUGAACCAAAUCUCUGUACUUCACUAGUCCUAAAUCAGUCUCUCUGCUCUGUUCUGGGGAUUUGAACGUAGCUGUUAGUCAGAUAGCUACAUACACAACGAGACCCUAGAUGUUAGUAGUGCUUGUUAAAGUAACAAAUGCUGUAUGAUGACGUAAGAAGACAAAAGAGGAAAUGGAUUUUGGACAAUGUUACAUUUGAGGUUUUAUUUUGAAGUAUAGCAUGGCGGUGACCCAUGUCAUCAACCCUUCCUAGUGGUGUGGUCAGUGGUGACCAGCCGCUAGCAUUGGGGUGAAUACUUUGUGGGCAUUAUAAGCUGGUUCAGACGAAUCUCUUCCUUUCUCUCGACGUAAGAUGGAUCCCGCGAGGCGAUUCCUGGGAUCUGAUGUUUUUAAAAAGCCUUUCAGUUCAGCAUCAUUCUGAGAAAUGUACAGAAAAUAUCAAACGAAUAUUAGCCUUUUAAAAGCACAAAUAGCUAACGGGAACUGUAACACAAACAUUGCGGCAUAAACACGCACACUCUUUCAGACAUGCACACCAGACGCAUUACAUACACACGCAUACUCACACAUACUCUAAACGACUCUGUCUGCAUCCAGCCGUUGUAGAAACACACUGGUUGAUAAUUAUGUCAGCUCUUCACUGACUCCUCACUCAUCUUCCGUUUGGGCCUGAAUCAUUGGAGAAACAGUAUUUUAUCGUGUGCCUUCUGUCGCUCCCCCAAAAUAAGUUUAUCAAUCACUUCUAUAAUCAGAUUUGUAACAAUCAAAAAAGGAACAUCUGUUGUAUUGGCCAUCAAGCGUACUGAAACAGAGGGCUUCUCGGACCUUAAUUGUAGUGCCUAAAAAAGACAUGGAAAUGCAGCUCUUGCCAUUUAAUCAACCCAACCGCAUGCAAAGCCACACAGUUCUACCAUAUUUGUGCAAAGUGCUGCCCCAACAAAGCAACUUCUGGAGUCGUUGUUGCUCCAGUCAGACGAAUCGUAUAGUCAGCUACAGCACAGAGUUCUGGAUUCUGA